AUGAACAAUAUCAGUGAGAUUGUGUAUGAUAACGCAUCUUUCUAGAUGGUUUGUCAACGUAGAAACACCCGCAAGGAAAUCACAUACUUUUUGUAUGUAAUGGAUAACAGUUUGAUUUUGACUCAAGUAUUUCACAUAUAAUAUUAGUAAGGAGCUGAAUUCCCAAUAACCAAAAUAUGUUCUCGAAAUCAGUCUUUAAUUGAAAAUCUACUGGAACCAGGAAAGACAGAAAAUUACUCAAAUGGGAUUUGAAAGCAAAGACGAAGUUAAGUAUUUCGAUGGAAACUGUGAAGAAUUUAAAUAAUUAAAGAGAUUACUAAGAAAUAGAGUAAUGUAUAGAGAUGUCAGUGAUUUCUAUCUGCCUAUCAAAUAAUUAGGAAGAGGAGGUUCUUCAAGAGUACUCUAUUAUUUAUUAUAUACAAAGGUUUAUCUUGUUAUGGAUAAAUGCGAGAAGUAUGAAUUCGCAUCCAAAAAUGUUGAAAAGAGAUACCUAAGAGAAGAUGGAGGCUUUGUAUAAAUAUGUGUUUAUAAUCAAAUUAGGAAGCGUUGUUCAAUGAAAUUAAUUUGAUGGCAGCACUUGAUCAUGAAAAUAUAGUGAAGAUGGAAGAAGUAUACGAAGGAGAAACUACAUUUUAUCUCAUAUUAGAAUACUUGAAAGGAAACUCACUUCAUGAUUUGAUUUCCAAGGGUAUCAUCUAAUUGGAUUGGGAUGAAAUUAGGUCUAUCAUGUUUGUAAUUAAAUUACGUAAUUCCUUAGUCAAUCCUAACUGCCGUGGCUCACAUGCAUUCUUUGAACAUAAUGCAUCGAGAUUUAAAACCAGAAAAUAUUAUGUUUAAGAAACAAAAUGAUAUUCAUGGGGUGAGAAUUGUAGACUUUGGAUUAGCCACUUGGCAAACCGCUGCUACAUACCCUUUUCCAAAAUGUGGUACUCCUGGAUAUGUAGCACCAGAGAUAGCCAAUCUUAAAGAUCUUACAUUUAAGUAUGAUAAGAUAUGCGAUAUGUUCAGCGUUGGCUGUAUAUUCUAUAAAUUGUACUAUUAUCCUAACCCUUAGAAUUACAUCCAAAGAUUUGUUUCCAGGGAACGACUAUCAUGAAAUUCUCAAGCUGAACAAAAAAUGCAUAAUAAAUUUAGAUACUCUCAGUCUCUAUUCAACUCCUUAAUUAGCCAUUGAUCUAAUAUCUUAAAUGCUGUAGGCUGUUCCACACCAAAGAAUUUCUGCAUAGUAGGCUUUGGAUCAUCCAUUUUUCACUGGAACAUUCAUUGAUAGAAAAAUGAAAUUUCAAUCAUCUAAAAAAUAACUUAACAAUAAUAGCAAACCAUGGUAAACAUCAACCUUCAAAACUGAAAAAUCUGAUAGGUUAUAAUUACCAGAAAUCAAAUAAAGAUCUAGACAAAAAGAUGAUGAUAACGCAGAUGAAGAAACCCCCAGAAUGAGAGUUCCUACCUUAAAUAGUCCCAGACUAGCAUAACAUGCAAAAAAAAAGAAUUUGGCCCUAAAUGAUAAUUCACCAACUGAAUUUCCUAAGAAAAGUGCUUUUAAGAAGUUUUCCACCUAAGAUUUUGAUCCACUAACACCAGACACUUAGUCACCUGAUUCAGGGAGAAUGAAUUUUAGUAAUAGUCCUCGACUCAUUUAACAAAGUGUUAUAAAAAGGAAAUUCACAUACUCGAAAUUCAAUUAAUAAAGAUAGUAGGCCAUAUAUGAAGUUGAUGAUGAAUAGAAGCAUUGA